AUGUAUUCAACAUUUGAUAAAAUUCCAAGUGUAAUCGAAAUCCAACUUGAUCCAAUAAAAAAGCCAACAGUUUCACAAGAACUAGAAGCAGCGAAGAGAUUGCUUAAUCAGCGAAAGACACAAUGCUCUUCCAUAAAAUUGAAAUAUAAAAAGCCAAAACGGGCACCACUAUUAUAUGGAUAUAAAUUUUUCUGUAUCUGUCCGCAAUACAACCCUCAGUAUUCAUGCAAGCACACCGGUGGCGUAAUAAUUGAUCGCGAUGUUCUUACUAAAGAGGAGCAUAUGUGUUAUUUAUCCACUCCGCGAGAUAACUUGGCCGCUCCACGGAAAAGACCAAGAUAUUAUCAAAAGAAAAUUAUUAUUCCGAAUUGUACGACACGAAUAGAACAGUUAGCUCUGCCUGAUUUAAAACGUGUCCGCUGGACACUGGAAGCAUACAAGAGCGCCCUUAGAAAACGACAAAUUAAAUCAUUAAAAUAUCAUUUGGAUCAAAAGUCCAAGGUUGUGUCUUAUAGCAUAAAGACAGCACUUUCUUACAUUGAAGAAGAAAAGCGUUUAAAGCGAGUUGCCCAGACAUUGCAAAGACGACAGUGUCGGAGACUUAAAAAACAUAUUCUACGUAAGCAGCGGCGACAGAUAAGAAAAAUAAUUUGUGUGUUAUUUGAGGAAAUGAGAGAUUUUCUUCUGAACGAUCAGUUUUUGAUAGACGAGCGGUCAACUCUUUGCGCUGUUAUCUUGGAGCAAAUUCGAAAUUUUACAGACAACGAGUUCUAUACCACAAGCAACCUGCGAGAAUAUCAGCAAGUCUUAGCAAAUAACCUUACUGUUUGGAUAAAUAAGUUUAUAUCGAAUCUUAAUAUACAUUUGGCGCCACCUCCAGUGUUAACAGAAAAUCUAGAGCCUGAUACUUUUCUGCCUGUCAAAGAUUACAUAUCAUGCUCAGAAUUGGUUGAGAGUGAGGAAUAUAUAACUGAACAGAAUCAUUAUUUUUCUGCUGAGGAUGAGGAGGAAAAUGAGUUUUUAUAUAAUACUGAGGACACGUUAACUAAUACAAACCGUUAAGUUUUUCCCAGGAGAGAAUGUUGAAAAUUUCGCUUGGUAGAAAUUUAUUGUCAUGGUUUUUCAAAAUUUCUAUCGGCAUCAAACGUAUUACAAAAUGUAAAAAUUUCUGAAAGAUGACAAUUAUUUAAGCAUUAGUUAAUAAAAUCACAAUUAAAACA